CCCACAGGUGAGGGACUGCCUCCUCUCUGGGAACACGCAGGUGCUGAGCCCCGGCAGUGGCCUGGCAGGGUGCUGGAGGUCUCCGUCUGCCCGGUCUGGUCUCUGGGGCAGGGCUGGGUCUCCCUCAUGUAUGGCAAGAGCCUUCCGCGUGCGGUGCUGCUCAUCCUCGGGGUACAGCUCACAGCUCUCUGGCCCGCAGCAGCUGUGGAAAUCUACACCUCCCGCGUGCUGGAGGCCGUGAACGGGACAGACGUUCGCUUAAAAUGCACUUUUUCCAGCUUCGCCCCUGUGGGUGAUGCUCUGACCGUGACCUGGAAUUUCCGUCCCCAAGAUGGGGGGUCUGAGCAGUUUGUGUUCUACUACCACAUGGACCCUUUCAAACCCUUGACUGGACGGUUCAAGGACCGGGUGGUCUGGGACGGGAACCCGGAGCGGUACGACGCCUCCAUCAUCCUCUGGAAGCUGCAGUUCGACGACAAUGGCACGUACACCUGCCAGGUGAAGAACCCGCCUGACGUGGACGGGCUGAUCGGCGAGAUCCGGCUCAGCGUGGUGCAGACCGUGCGCUUCUCUGAGAUCUACUUCCUGGCUCUGAUCAUUGGCUCGGCCUGUGCGCUGAUGGUCAUAGUGGUCAUUGUGGUGGUCCUCUUCCAGCAUCUCCGGAAGAGGCGAUGGGCUGAAAGGGCUCACAAAGUGGUGGAGAUCCAAUCAAAUGAAGAAGAAAAACUCAACCAAGAAAAAAAGGUUGCUGUUUAUUUAGAAGACACAGACUAACAUUCUUAGAUGGAAGCGGGAGAGUUCUAAGAACAAGAACCCUAGGAUAAGUUGGAGUUAACGGAAGCAUUUCUUUGGCUCUUUUCGGCUGUGACCUGUCUUCCAACCAGCUCUGCGCUACAUAACCACCUAGACGAGCAACGUUCUCCGGGGGCCAGCGUAGCGCCCUGAGAGACUGGCAGCCUCCCUCCCACAGCCCCUGGCGAGGAUCUGCUUAAUGUUAGAGUGCAAGCAAUCUCAUAUUCGCUUUUGUAUACUAUGAAGCAACGUUCUGCCCUCAAAUACUCCUUUGUGAAUUAUGAUUUGUACACACAUUAUUGGCAGCAAAUGGAAUAAAAGCCAACAUGUCUUUCAUGACAUCUCCUUGAACAUAUUAGUUUCUUGAGAGCAGUACUCUUGCUACUAAAGUUAACAUGUGAAAAGGUGAGCUAAUUCUCCCACCUGUUUUUGAUGAACGGAAAACCCUGUAUUGAAACUGUUAAAGAGCAGUCUGAUUUUCAUGGCUCUCCUUAAAUCUGGGACAUAUUUUAUUAUAUGUCUUUCAGUAUCGAAGAUGAUAGUUUUUUGUUUUUU